CAGUGGACUCAGUGGGCGUGUAUCUACAGUAAAGCGCAUUAACCGAGCAGUCUCACUCAGCAGGAGCAGGAAGACAGUUAGGGGCUGAACAACAGGCACGUUUUUCUUUGUGCUUCUUCUUUCUUCUGAAGUUAGGUGUCCUGUCUCGUUUAAAUCUUGAAUUCAGCUGCACAAGGUAUAGUGUGCGAAAGUAUUAGUACCUUUUAUCCGCUGAGCUCCUGAGGUAGCUGCUUUGCUGAAGCGGAGUGUUACAGUUCCCGGUCCAUCGCACCUCAUUACAUGCCACCGCGGGGAAGCGAUACACUGUAGGAUACCACUCCAGGAGCUAACGUCUAUACGUGAUCGAGCGAGAGUUGAAGAGCGAGUGAAGAACUGGAAGAGGUAGCGUCUGAGGGAGCGUCUGAGGGAGCGGGAGACAGCUCUUCGCUGGACAUGUCGUACAGCAGCCAGACUCCCCCCGACUCCAGCAGCAACAGCAGCAGCUCCAGCUCGGCGUCUCAGUAUGCUACGGCGGCGCUGGGCGUGGGGCUGCUCGUGCUGGGCAUCGUGAUGAUCCUGUGGAGCGUGGUGCCUGUUGGUGCAGCCGUAAACAACUCUCAGUCUAUAGACGGCCAAGUUAAGAACACAUCAUCAGUGGGCUUUGUCCUGCUGGGCACAGGAGUGGCCAUGCUGCUGCUCUCCCUUUUCCUCGGCAUACAAAACAAAUACCGAGCACAGAGACAACCAAACAGCAACACUAACACAGAGCAAGGACAGCAGGGAGACAGGCAACCAGAAGAAGCCGAGCAGUACACUGUACCCAGCUAUGAGGAGGUGGUCGGAAGUGCUCAGUACCCCAUCAGCCAGUUCUCUCCACGGCAGAACAGCACCACCCAUCUGCCAGCCUACGACGAACUGAUGGAGACGACGCAGGACGAGGUGGAGGGUGCCGGCCCAUGCGCAGACAAGAAUGGAGCAGACAACUCGACACACAUACUCCCCCAUAGGACCGACCGCCCCGGACUCAAACUGCUUCCACUUAAAACGAGAAGGAAGAGCUCGAGCAGCUCGCCACAGGUCACUGUCUCCAGCAUCGAACCCCUCACUCCUCCACCACAGUAUGAAGAAAAUCCCCCGGAACUCCUGCCAGCAACACAGUGACCACGUCAGCACGUUCUCUUAUGACACGAAGUGUGUGCUGUGAUUAAACAUGCAUGAUGAUUUGUGCACUAAUUCAUAAUGCGCAUCACAGCUUCAUUCAUCACUAUGUACAGGAGCUGAAUGUGACAAUGACACAGUGUGGUCACGACCGAAUAAUAAUGAAAGCUUCUAUAUCUCAUAGCUGAGGAAGAGGGCACACCGUGAUGUACUUCCUGUUUAUUAUAUCUGAUAAGAGUGUUUCUGAGCUGGAGAUUACAGCAGACAAACAGAUUUUAAACAGAAACAUGGGAAUAGAUUUCUAGAGGAAUCUCUAAGGGAAGUGUAAUUAACACACUCAGGUAACAUGUGCCACUGUGCUCUGCAUUAGUCUUCUUAAUAAACUGUGUUAUUUAAAAGGAAUUUUUUCUAUAACCAGCUUCUUAGUCUCAGCCUCAAGAAACCGAGUAUCAAUGCCAGUUUCUGGCUUUAUGUUUUAUGUCUUUCAUAUCCAUCCAAAAAAGAACAUUUCAACCUGAACAGUGUUAAAUGAUGAAACAGGGUAUUUCACUUAACAAAUAAUUUAUAUAGUAUCAUAUAUUAUGGUAAUGUUCAAAUUAAAUUGCUGCUACAGAGCACCGUGUUGUUAAAGGUCAAGACCACACACAGCUUGAGCAUAACAACCAAACUAUGACCUGAAAUAGUUAAAUGGUGAGUUUAGCUAGCACUUUUUGUGGAAUGGCGUUGUCACAUUUUGUGUUAGCGUUGAUGUUCGUCUGUGCUCUGUGUCAGUACCCUUUAUUGGCUGUGAGACUAGCCCUUGUUACCAUAGUGACAAGCAGUGAAGUCAUGAAUGUGUAAGUGUGUUUGUGUGUCUCCUUAGGAGAGGAGACAGGGAAUCUCUUUCACCCUGCAGCUGCAUGUUAUAUCACACACUCUCUCGUUUUUGUUCUUUCACUGUUACUAGUGUGUGCACAGACACACACACACACACACACACACACACACAUUUGUCUUACAAUCUUUUGUAAGGACCUUCCACUGACAUAAAUAUUAAUGCAGCUAAUUAAUGCUAUGCGUACAUGUAAACCUAAUCCUAACCUUAACCCAAGUAACCAAAAGGAAACAUUUUAAAAAAAUAAAAUAAAAGCUGCAUUUAAAAAAUUAAAAAAUUCUUCAUGGAGACAAACCAAAUGCCCCUACAGUAUAAAACCUGUCAGAUAUUCCUAUCCUGUUGGGAUCAUUUGCCUCCCACAUACACAACAUGCCCAUAAACACAGACUCACAGAGCAUUUUCCUAUUGUUAUUCACUAUUUAUAGAUCUUUAUCUUACAUUCCUUCACCCCCCCCCCCCCCCCCCCCACACACACACACACACACACACACAUCCAUUUAAUUGUAUGGUCUCUACAUUUUUUAUGCAUUCCAUAUUCCACUGUAUUUAAGAGGAGGCUGGCUGAUAAUUCUCUAAGAGGUAUUUUGUUCAUGACCACUCCCAUUAAUAAAACUGUAUCCUGUUCUUAAAAGGUAUAUACAGGCAAUUUCUGAGAAAUGUGACCCACUUUUCCUAUUUCAAAUGUUUACGGUUGAAUCUUUUCAGAAAAUAAAUGGAGGCUUUUGGAA